AUGAUACAAAAGAUGGGAAAAGAGCUACAUGCUGCGACGAGCGCCUUUCAAGCCACAGACCUUGGCACACAGAAACCGCGGAUUUUUGACAUGUGUGCCGCUCCUGGAGGCUUCCUCGCGACCGCGCUUGAGAUGUGUCCUGAAGCACGAGCAAUGGCCUUCACUUUUCCUAUUGCAGCAGGAGGACACAGAGGUCUCUUAGGGAGAGAUAUUAGGGUGAAGUUCAAGUUUCUUGAUAUCACAAUGCUGGCUGAAGAUAUGGAUACAAGCGUCAUAGGAGUCGACCAUGAGCAGCAUGGAGAGUUCCUUCCACGAAAGAUUCCGUAUUGCCAUUUGUUUCACCUCAUUCUUUGCGACGGACAAGUGCUUCGGACGCAGAGUCGACCAGAAUACCGCAAACCGCGAGAGGCUCACCGGCUCGUGUCAACACAAUUGGCUCUAGGCCUUGAACACGCGGAACCGGGUGGAACCAUGAUCAUACUCCUUCACAAGCUUGAGCAGUGGGACACACCCAUGCUUUUGUUCACCUUUGACAAGUUUCAUACAAUCGCAUCGUUUGAGCCCCAAGUACUCACCUAA